UAGAUUCCAUGGUUUCUGUACUAGAACGAAUCGCACAGAUCUACAAAACUAUAAAUACAUUGUGUAUAGUUCAGUUCUGAGUUUUUAAAACCUGAUUUAUAUAUAAUGUUUCACAUAAAUAUAUUUAAAAUGAAGGCGAUAUUCAUUAUCUUUGUCGCUGUUCUGUGGUAUGACGUGGAGAGCGCCAAGAUUCGGGCAACCCGCAGGCAAUGGAUCCAGUAUCAACCACCGAACCCAAAUGUAUCACCUGUCCAAAACCAAUACAACUUAUAUAACGCUUAUCUAAACAAACUAUUGGCGAAUAGGGGACAAAUGUAUCAAAUUUGGCCUGGCUCUGCCCAGGCAGCUUGGUGGGUAAAUAAAGGACUAAUUGGACAAUCUGGAUAUCAAAACGGGCUAAAUUCUUUAGGAACACCUACUGUUUACAAAAACUUGGUGGGAACACGUACUUUUUAUAAAAACUUGGUCAAUGGAGGACAUGAUCUCAAUCUAUCUACUAACCAAAAUGAUAACUCUGAAGGCAGCGGGCAAGAUGGUUACGAUAUAGGCAUUCGCGUCAAUAGCGCACCAAACCCUGAACAAGUUCAUUAUUCAGUAAAUCACAAUAUCCAAAAUUAUGAUAAUGGUAAUACUUUUUUAGCCAAAAGUGGUGUAGAUGGGAACCAAAAAGCUCAAUUUAAUAUCAAAAAGGAAGAAAGUGGCUCAAUAUCUUCAGUUCCUGAUCAUGAUGCGAUGACUUUAACUAAUAUCGAUGUUUUAGAUCAAAAUAAUUUAGACGUUGCCAACGAAGCUUCACUACAAGAUGUUGUGAGUGAAGUUACUACUGAUAACGUAGAAAAUACCAGUAACAGUAUUUUCACUGAAGAUCAAACCCAAAACUGGGCUGACGAGACACACAGUGAUCAUACAGUGACGGUUAGUGGCUGGAACAGUGACAAUGUCAAAAAUAAUAUGACUUCUCCUGAUAAUGGAGAUAUUAUCACAAAUGUUGAAGCUGGCAUCAAAGACAAUACUGACACAGAGAGUAUCAUGACUGAAAAUCUUAUUUCAACAGACGAAAAAAGUCCUGAUAGAAGUGGACUAAACGUGGCCGAUGCAAGUCUUCAUAAACAAUUGAAAGAAGUUAGUAGAAACAUAGACGUCGCCACUCAAUUAAAUUAUUGGAGUCCUCUUCCUCCUAGGAACUUAUAUCCUGUAAAUCAAAAUAAUCUUAACUGGGAAACCAAAUUAUCUUUCCUUGUGAACGGACCGAAACCUCGCGUCAAUCCCAACGGCUUUUCCACAAUGAAUGUAAAACCUCGUGUAUAUCCCUUCAGCUUGCCACCAAACCAACAACAAAUGAUUAGAUACAAUAUGCCAUGGAGUGGUUUUUACGGAAAUUAUCAACGAGCAAACCCUAUUGUCCAUCCAUACUUAUCAAAAAAUAUUAUAAAGAUUGUAAAUUCACGAGAAAAACAAAACUGGGCCGACACCACACACAGUGCUAACACAGUGACAGUGAGUGGCUUGAACAGUGACAAUGUCAAAGAGAUACAUGAAGAAAGUGUUGUCCCAGUAAAUGUGGUACUGAAAAACGAUUUGAUUUCUCCUGAUAGUGGGGAUACUAUCAUAGAUAUUGAAGCCAACAAAGACAAUACUGACACAAAGAGUAGCAUGACUGAAAAUCUUAUUGCGACAGACUACAAGAGUCCUGAUAAAAGUGGACUAAACGUGGCCGAUGCUCGUCUUCAAAAACAAUUGAAAGAAGUUAGUAGAAACAUAGACGUCGCCACUCAAUUAAAUUAUUGGAGUCCUCUUCCUCCUAGGAACUUAUAUCCUGUAAAUCAAAAUAAUCUUAACUGGGAAACCAAAUCAUCUUUCCUUGUGAACGGACCGAAACCUCGCGUCUAUCCCAACGGUUUUCCCACAUCGAAUAUAAAACCUCGUGUAUAUCCCUUCGGCGUGCCACCAAACCAACAACAAAUGAUUGAAUAUAAUAUGCCAUGGAGUGGUUUUUACGGAAAUUAUAAACGACCACACCCUACUUAUCCAUACUUUACACCAAGGAAUGUUGAAUGGAUUAUACCUUCACGAGAAAAUAUUUCACCAGAACAAGUAUAUAACCUUGUUUCACGUAUAUGCUUAAAUCCGAAUAUAAAUGUUAAAGCAGGUACACGCAACUUACCUCUAAAUACCUACAAAAGCACACCACAGAACUUGGAUAUGGAUUAUGACUUGGAUGAGAGACGUCCCUUUGAUUUUGAUUACGCCGACGGUGCUUUUCAACCAAAGCUUAACAGAAGGUUUCCAUUUUUAUAUCAAAGACCACAAAAAGCUAUUAAUUUUCCGGGACGAUUUAAUAGAUACAGACAAAGGCCUUAUGGUGAUGCACGAGAGCUAAAAAUCGAAUCAACAAUUUUGAGACAAAAUGAAGCUACAUCAAAUGAUCCUAACAUGAUUGACUUUACACAUCCCCAACUCCAAAUUGUCAAAAACAAUUAUGUUACCAAACAUGAUUUUGAUACAACAAAUCAAAUUGGAUCUUUGCUAACAAUGAAUUCAAAAAAUAUGAUGCGGGAUGGGCAUAACACACCAGAGGCUUCAGAAAAGUAUGUUAGUCAAAUGAUAGUAGAUAUAGCAACUGACUUAGUAAAAUUCCCCUCCUCUAAAUGUCACAGUGAAAAUGUUGCAAAAUUAUUAGAAGGAAUAAAAUAUAUUGUUGAUGCCUUAAAAGCAGAGCAGUGUGAAAAAACACAUUAAUGAUUACUGCAGGACAUUAUAAUAUAAAUAAAGGAAUAUUUUAAGUCUACUUUUUAUUUCAUGUAAAAUAAUAAUUGAAAAUCACUUGAAGUUCAAUUGCAUGUUAGACAAACCGAUUCAAAAACACAAUCAAUUUUGUUACCAGGUAGCAUUAUACUUUUCACUUCCCACUGUUAACCCCAUUUUUAUAUGUGCAAUAAAUAAUUUUUCUUUUCAUUUUUUUUUUCAUUUAAAGUUUAGCGCACUGGAUAAAUUGUGUAGAUUAUUACUCUUCAAAAUGUUCAUGUAGCAAUAUAGUUAUAUAAAUCGGUUAUAUAGAAUUCUGUCAAUAAUUAAUACAGUAAAUUAUAAUAUAUUUAUACAUGCAAUGAAAAUCAAAGCGACGCAGUGUAAAACUUAAGUAGCUUUAGAACUGAUCUGUGAUUUUCAGCAUUAAAGUUCCUAUUUGAGUAAUUGAUAAAUUUUUUAUAAACACUUACUCUUAACUGUUCCUAAGUGCUACAAUAUUGACCGUAAAAUCCGAUUUCACGGCAUAUAAUGUGACAUUGUGUUUCUAUUAAUUCUCGCCUGAAGUAUUUAUACGGCUGAGGUAUGGGGAUGCAGUAUUUGCAAUAUGUGGCUUUGGGUAGGUUUCUAUUUGACAUCGGCAGUUGUGACAGCUCAGAAUACAGUUCUUUCUACUAAAGAAAACAAAUUGCCAAAUAAUACCAAAUGUGAUGAGGUGUUACUAAAACUCUGGACGAUAUUUGCUAACCAGUUAUAUGAAAAUAGAGGUGCUGUGAUAGUUCCAAGUCGCGAUCAUAUUAUAUACGCCUUAACAUUGAUCAAGAAAUCUAUAUUAGAUAAAGAAGACGGUGAAAAUGUAGAUAUUAAAGAAAAGUUGUAUCUUCGUGAAGCAGAACUAGCGAAAUACAAAGGAGUUUACUUAUACGAUAAUCGGCCUUUACAAGCUUUGCUUGAUCAAGAAUUGAUUACGAAUGAGAAUCAAAAUGUUGGAGUCCAAUCGUCGCAGUAUAAUCUUAACAGUCCUGUAUAUACUAAACAAUUAAUUGGGUUAAAUCCUAUCGUGAAAGAUUCUACCAGAAAUCGUGAUGAAAAUGUUGCCAAUACGAUAGGUCAGCAGUCUGACCUAAAUACGAUUGAUUCAAAUAGAAUACUUCACGCAGUUCAACUCUCAAAGGAGACAAAUCAUCUUCUUGGGAGUGAUUAUACAGCUGAUUUAGAUCAUGCAAAGGGGGUUGCUGAUAAAAUGAACAAAUUAUAUGAAUCAAACAAUGAGUAUAAAUAUAGUUUGAAGUCUCAGCAACCACUUCGUAAUCUUAAUGAGAAUUAUGUAGCCGCCAGCGUAGGGGUAGUGGAUACUCCCUGGGUGUCAUCUUUUUAUUCUAAGCCUGCUGUUGUGCAAGCAAGUUAUGUAGCACAAAGUCUCUCAAAUACAAAUAACAUCAAUCAAAAUCGCGACAUAAGCCAGCCAAAUGCUUUGUAUAAUAUACCGACACAAGACAUGCACAAUAACGCUAUUAACCAAUCCUAUACAUUAAUCACGAAUGCAAUGCAAUCGAAUGCAAACGGAUUUAAAAACGCUAUAGUAAACCCAGAAUCUACAAAUCAAUUAAACAAUUUUAUCAAUGCUAAAUACCAGCCUAAUCCUGCUCAUUAUGGUGAAGCAACGAAAGAAGUAUUACCAAGUAAUCCUCCUAUAACUAGUAAGGCAUAUGCCCAAACGGUUGUUGCCCCUAUGCUAAAAUUUAACAUGCAUAAACAUCCUUACCAAAAUAAAAAUGUAGGACAAAUCCUGCAAUAUACACCUCAAAACAUGGCUCAAUAUUCAGACGUCAUUCCAAUAAAAACAAAUUUAAAUCAAAAGCUGUAUGUACCAAAUAACCGUUUAAAUUACAAUGUCUACUCUUCACUAAACCCUUACUCUUCGAAAAACUGGAAUUAUCUUCUAAGUAAAGCAUAUAAACAAAGUCAAAAUCAACCCUACAUUUAUAUGCCCUAUGCUAAUAAAUAUACCCCUGUAGUUGCAGUAAGGCCGAAUAACGCAAACGUGAAUAAUAUCUUCCAAGAACCAGGUAUGAAUACACGGAAUAGUAUCUAUACAAUGCAAAACUACUUAAAACAGAACUAUCCCAACAGUGCAUUAAGUAAAACAAUCAUACAUGGCACCCCACACCUUCAAACUGUCAAUGAAAACGCAGUUAAUAGACCUUCACCACCCUACACGUAUAUCACGAGGUAUUUUAAUAAUAACAGACCUUACACACAACAAACUUUAAAUUACUACAACGAUCACAUGGUUAUCGAUAAGCUAGCAAAUUGGAUUAGUGGAACGAAUUCCGCGAAAUUGAAUUCAAAUUUCGACACUGAUGCUGAUAUAGAACUAACUUACAGAGUGAAUAAUCCACCUCCUUCAUACCGCCCAUCGGUUUACUAUGUUAAAUUCCGAAUGCCAUACAAUGCAUUUGCUAAACACUUAAGUGAUUUAUUGAAGAUGCAGGACAAUUCAAGAUCAGCUUCAACAAACACAGAUUUGUACAAUGAUUUGGCGUCACAAUACAAUGCUACAGUAAUACCAACAGAUAUGGCCGGUCUUCCAGAAGAUAUAAAAAGUCCGGAGGAAAAGUUUUUAGUUAGAGCAAGAUACAUACAACCGGACGAAUCAGGCAAUGACAAUUCAAACUCAGUAGAUAUUAUUAAUUUGGUCAGAGAAGCAGUACCAAACAAUGCAAAUGUUGAGAAUCCAGUUAACAAUGUAUAAAGUAAUGCCCAAAUGCCAUUGCAAGGUGUGUAAUGCCAGUUAUGCAGAAAAGAACUACUGCGAUUGUCUCGAUUCCUUUAUUGAAGAAAUUGUCAACGAAUUGAAUAAAAUACGCCAUGCCAACUAAUGAUUUAUAUACAUAUUGUUUACUGACACCUGUAUAAUGUUUUGAAGAUGAUGUUAUUCUUCUCAAUAUUACGUAUUUAUACUAUUUAUUUUGUUUUAUUAUUAAAAUACUUAAACUAA